GCUCGGGGGUGUGGCGCGCGCCGGCGGGGGUAGGCGGGCGCGCCGGGCGGCAGGUGUCGGCGGCGUCGGCGGCGUCGGCUUUCGGCGGCGAUGGAGCGACCCCGAGGAGCUGCGGCCGUCCUCCUGCGCUGGCCCCACGGCCUCGGCCUCUUUCUUCUCCUGCAGCUGCUGCCGCUUGCGACCUUCGGCCAGGACCGGCUGGACGCGCCGCCGCCGCCUGCUGCGCCGCUGCUGCGCUGGUCCGGCCCCAUUGGGGUGAGCUGGGGGCUGCGGGCGGCGGCGGCCGGGGGCGCGUUUCCCCGCGGCGGCCGUUGGCGUCGCAGCGCGCCCGGCGAGGACGAGGAAUGCGGCCGGGUCCGGGAUUUCGUCGCCAAGCUGGCCAACAACACGCACCAGCAUGUGUUUGAUGAUCUCAGAGGCUCAGUAUCCUUGUCCUGGGUUGGAGAUAGCACUGGGGUCAUUCUAGUCUUGACUACCUUCCAUGUACCACUGGUAAUUAUGACUUUUGGACAGUCCAAGCUGUAUCGAAGAUGCCUCCACAUCUACAAAUACACGCUGCGCCCCCAACUCCUGCCAGCAUUGCAAAUGUUGCUAACACUUGGCAUUAUGACCUCCAUCUAUGCUGAUCGUGAGGAUUAUGGCAAGAACUUUAAGGAUAUUACAAAUCUCAUCAAUAACACCUUUAUUCGGACUGAAUUUGGCAUGGCUAUUGGUCCUGAGAACUCUGGAAAGGUGGUAUUAACAGCAGAAGUAUCUGGAGGAAGUCGUGGAGGAAGAAUCUUCAGAUCAUCAGAUUUUGCGAAGAAUUUUGUGCAAACAGAUCUCCCUUUUCAUCCUCUCACUCAGAUGAUGUAUAGCCCUCAGAAUUCUGACUAUCUUUUAGCUCUCAGCACUGAAAAUGGCCUGUGGGUGUCCAAGAAUUUUGGGGGAAAAUGGGAAGAAAUCCACAAAGCAGUAUGUUUGGCCAAAUGGGGAUCAGACAGCACCAUCUUCUUUACCACCUAUGCGAAUGGCUCCUGCAAAGCUGACCUUGGGGCUCUGGAAUUAUGGAGAACUUCAGACUUGGGGAAAAGCUUCAAAACUAUUGGCGUGAAAAUCUACUCAUUUGGUCUUGGGGGACGUUUCCUUUUUGCCUCUGUGAUGGCUGAUAAGGAUACAACAAGAAGGAUCCACGUUUCAACAGAUCAAGGGGACACGUGGAGUAUGGCCCAACUCCCCUCUGUGGGGCAGGAACAGUUCUAUUCUAUUCUGGCAGCGAAUGAUGACAUGGUAUUCAUGCAUGUAGAUGAACCUGGAGACACUGGGUUUGGCACAAUCUUUACCUCAGAUGAUCGAGGCAUUGUCUAUUCCAAGUCUUUGGACCGACAUCUCUACACUACGACAGGCGGAGAAACGGACUUUACCAAUGUGACCUCCCUCCGAGGCAUCUACAUAACAAGCGUGCUCUCCGAAGAUAAUUCUAUCCAGACCAUGAUUACUUUUGACCAAGGAGGAAGGUGGAAGCACCUGAGGAAGCCUGAAAACAGUGAAUGUGAUGCCACAGCAAAAAACAAGAAUGAGUGCAGCCUUCAUAUUCAUGCUUCAUACAGCAUCUCCCAGAAACUGAAUGUUCCAAUGGCCCCACUCUCAGAGCCGAAUGCUGUAGGCAUUGUCAUUGCUCAUGGUAGCGUGGGGGAUGCCAUCUCAGUGAUGGUCCCAGAUGUGUACAUCUCAGAUGACGGGGGUUACUCCUGGACAAAGAUGCUGGAAGGACCCCACUAUUACACCAUCCUGGAUUCUGGAGGCAUCAUUGUGGCCAUUGAGCACAGCAGCCGUCCUAUCAAUGUGAUUAAGUUCUCCACAGACGAAGGUCAGUGCUGGCAAACCUACACAUUCACCAGGGACCCCAUCUAUUUCACUGGCCUAGCUUCAGAACCUGGAGCUAGGUCCAUGAAUAUCAGCAUCUGGGGCUUCACAGAAUCUUUCCUGACCAGCCAGUGGGUCUCCUACACCAUUGAUUUUAAAGAUAUCCUUGAAAGGAACUGUGAAGAGAAGGACUAUACCAUAUGGCUGGCACACUCCACAGACCCUGAAGAUUAUGAAGAUGGCUGCAUUUUGGGCUAUAAAGAACAGUUUCUGAGGCUACGCAAGUCAUCCGUGUGUCAGAAUGGUCGAGACUAUGUUGUGACCAAGCAGCCCUCCAUCUGCCUCUGUUCCCUGGAGGACUUUCUCUGUGAUUUUGGCUACUACCGUCCAGAAAAUGACUCCAAGUGUGUGGAGCAGCCAGAACUGAAGGGCCACGACCUGGAGUUUUGUCUGUAUGGAAGAGAAGAACACCUAACAACAAAUGGGUACCGGAAAAUUCCAGGGGACAAAUGCCAGGGUGGGGUAAAUCCUGUUCGAGAAGUAAAAGACUUGAAAAAGAAAUGCACAAGCAACUUUUUGAGUCCGGAAAAGCAGAAUUCCAAGUCAAAUUCUGUUCCAAUUAUCCUGGCCAUCGUGGGACUGAUGCUGGUCACAGUUGUAGCAGGAGUGCUCAUUGUGAAGAAAUAUGUCUGUGGGGGAAGGUUCCUGGUGCAUCGCUACUCUGUGCUGCAGCAGCACGCAGAGGCCAACGGCGUGGACGGUGUGGAUGCUUUGGACACAGCCUCCCACACUAAUAAAAGUGGUUAUCAUGAUGACUCAGAUGAGGACCUCUUGGAAUAGCUCUUCAGAGGAGCUGGACCCAGCAUGGAUGGUGGAACCACAGUACCUCUUACACUCCCUGUGGCUCCAACUUCAGGGAAAUAAAUUUCCCAUUGCGAGGGACCCAGCUCUGUUUCUGCUGCUUCCAUCAAAGCCAAAAGGACCUACAUUAAAGAAAUGCAGGGUGGGGGUGGGGAACCCUGAGCACUUUUUUACAAUUGGCUCUGAGAAUGGGGGGACAUUUUAAAUUCUUUAACUUCCUAUUUCCUGUCCUGUGUCUUUGCAAAGUAUGGGCUUUUGUAUUGUUUUUUAAGGGAAAUGAAAUGGAAUUCGAAGGGACCUUUUCACUUAACCCACUUCUGUGUGUUCUGCAUGGCGCCUGCCCCAGGGGAUCUGCCAACUCCAGCAUCAGCUCUCACAAUGUUCUUGGUACCAUCCCUGGGCUCUGCUGGUGCCACGAAGCAGCUGUAGAGAUGAAAACAGAGGCUGCAGAGGCUGACACAGCCUGGCCGGCUUUUCUCCAUCUGGGGACAGCCCUACUCCAAGAACACUGCACACCAGCUCCUCACACAGCUCCCACUUCCUUUUUUUUUUUUCCGGAGACCACAGACCACAGUGAUUUUUCUUUUCCCCUUUUCAAUUAGGCAAUACUCUUAUUAAUUGCCCCUUGGCAACUAACUUAACCAUGUGAUUCCCACAUAAUAAAUCAGGAAAACUUACAGGGCAAUAUUUUUAACUUGCAGCCGGAAGAAGGGAACAGCAGAGAAUUGACUAGAUUUAGCACCUAUUAAAAGAGAAACUCUUGUUUCUUCUGAGAUCUUUCAAGCUGUGCUUUGUGUGUGUGCCAGUGGACUUACCCAAGGACAGGGUACAGACUGGGCUGAAAGUCUGCCCGGGCUGAAUGAUCUCUUCCCUAGAGUUGAUUGUUGGGUGCGCAGUGUGGCCCCCCAAAGAUGGAACCUCACAGUCUUCCAUGUUCCCUUUUCACCUGUCGUGUGGCUCAUUGCUGAAUCAUGACAAUGGCUGCAUAUCUGCUGCUUCUUAGGUUGCUGUUGUACAUGGAACCAGGACUAGAGAUGUUUUCAGAUUUAUAGACUUAAAAAAUUAGAAUUUUAUUACCAGGCUCUCCUCCUCACCCCUUUUUUCUGGCUUUACCAAGUAAUUAGUUGGCAUGAAAAUUUGGAGGAACCAGUUGAAAACACACUUCCAGUCUAGAUGAUGCUUUGUGUGAUACAUUAAGUUCUUAUUUUGAAUUGAAAGAAGUUUUCCAUUUGAUAUUUCGCUAAAACAAAUUAUAGAAUGUGGUUGGGUGAAUUUUGGAGUGGCCAUAUACUAAUGGAAAGUUGCAAUAAUUCGUUUUAAUACAGCUUGAAUAUUUGCUAUAUAGGAAUAUAAUAUGGAAAGCUUUUGGUCUUAAUGUAGCUACUGUGCAGGUCAUAGUUUCUCCCAGUGAUUAUGAUUGGGACAUUCUUUGGUAGAUACCAUUUGCUGCUAGUUUAUUUUGUAGCUAGAAAGUCAGUUUUUUAAAAAAAGUGCCAAAUUAACUUUUGUCAGAAUGUGAGCAGAUGGCUAAGUUCUCUCCUCCCCAGAAUGGAUUAACAGCUGCGUGGAAAGUAGGGGAGAGAGUGGAUGGAGAGUUUUAGAGACGUUGAAACUGCAAUAGAAUUAAAUGAGUCAGGGAGCUUCACUUGGAAAACGAAGUUAAAGCAGAUUUUGUGAAGAUAAUUAAUAUGGUUAGGUCUGGAGUACACUGGUCGUUUUGCUCGUUCAUUUUGCAUGGUUUUAAAUUAAAAAUAAUUUCAAAGAUACACCAGCUCACAAAUGAUAAAGCGUCAGCCUCUGUCCCACCCUCCCUCCUGCCUAAAGUAAAUUCGGUGUCCGGAAAAGAACUGUUUGACCACUCACCUUUCUCCUAGCAUGUACUCACUGUGAGUACAUGUACCUUGAUAUUCUUCACUAACCAUGUAAAAUUUGGGCUCUUUGCUUAUACUGAUAUCUGGGAUUUCUGUGGAACUUGGCAAAUUUUCAGAGCACCUUGACUCACAUAAUGUCAUUUGAACCUCACAGUGUUCUUGGGAUGGAGUCAGUUGUUCAGGGUCGCCGUGUGUGUGUGAUAAGCAGUGCUGGCUGGCUGGCUUCAGAGCUCUUGGAAAUCUUUACGCGUGCGAGUGCUGAUCUCUGAGCAGGGCUGCCUUCUUGUAGAGGACUUGCUGUUCUUUAGGAAGGGAUCAGUGGCAUUACUUUCCGAGCAGCAUUCAGCACCUUUUUGCCACCUUGGUGAACAGAAGAUUCUAUUUUCCUGUCUUUCAUGGCUGAAACAAAAGUAAUGGGAAUUUUGAAUAUGUUUUUAGAAACUGCCCCUCCCCUCAUUAAGAGUCACUGCUCAAGAGUGUGGGAGUGGACUCUCCAUUGAUGGGUCUCCCUCCCCAUCCUGGUUUCCACUCCAGACUGGCUAGCUCCAUUGGUUUGAAGACAGCCAGCCAGCCUGGCAUAUUCUCAUUAUUGACUAGUUAGCUUUCUUUAUCAACCUGCUCACUCACAAAUGUAUGCCCUCAGCCAGAAAGUAAGACAGCCCAAAUCCAUUACAGCUUCUAAAAAUACAGAUUUCUAAUUUGUCCUACUCAUGUUAGGAACAUUAUCUUUGAAGGUAAAACAUAGUAUAUAAUUGUAUAAACCCCUAGGCUUGAUGUAGCAGAAGAGAUCAUUUCUGGAGGCUUCAGCAAUGGAAUUUAGCAUUAUAGGAGAGAUUGGACAGUGUCUCACACCUGUAGUCCCAGCACUUUGGGAGACCGAGGCAGGUGGAUCACCUGAGGUCAGGAGUUCAAGACCAGCCUGGCCAACACAGUGAAACCCCAUCUCUACGUAAAGUACAAAAUUUAGCUGGGUGUGUUAGUGGGCACCUGUAAUCCCAGCUACUCAGGAGGCUGAGGCAGGAGAAUCACUCGAACCAGGAAGUAGAUGUUGCAGUGAGCAGAGAUCAUGCCACUGCACUCCAGCUUGGGCAACAGAGUGAAACUGUCUCAGGGAAAAAACAACAAAACAAAACAAAACGAGAGAUUGGACAUACCAGUCCAAAGUGGUCUGAGUUCUUAAAUCCAGGUGAGGAAUUCACUCUUCUUUUAGCUCUGGUCAGAGACCAGCCUGGUCUCUCCUGUAGGCUGUUAAUUCAGUGGGAACCUAUUUCGAAGAAUAAAAGCCUUCAGAGAGUUGCAGCAGUUCUGGGGGUAGGCUCAGAAGAGUGCAUGAACCAGGUGUAACUGGAACUUAGACUCUACGUCUGCCUUUGAAUGGACUUCUCACUUCCUCUCAUGCCCAAGCUGGCCUUUCAUCCCUGAGAGGCUGGUAAUGUGCUGGCUGCCUCCGGCUCCUGCAUCAAGUCUGUAAACCAGAGCUAGUUCUCUCAUGGCCUUUGUCACAAUACGAGGAUAUGGAGAGGAGCCCAGGACCAUCCACACCCACCGCAGGGUAACGGCUGGCCUGGUGUUUCGUCAUUACUUAGUUUCCGGGCCAACCAUUCAGGUAGAGGUUCCCUGUUUCCUUUUAGCAGCGCUCUCAAGAGCCCCACACCUGUCCACAAUGACCUAGAGCGCAUCCUGCUCACUGUCAGUGUAGCCCCUCACCCCCAUAUUCAUCCAGGAUACUUGGAACUGCUAAAACAGGAAGGGAUUCGUCUUUCAACUUUGCUGCCAUCUUCCCUGAAGCAGGAAAAUGGAACAUGGACUUAAACGUCCUUUGAACAAAACCAAAGUUUUAAGAUUUGCUGUGUGAUGAAGUGACAGGGAGGGCCAGAGUCAGCAGGUGCCAGACUUUAUGUUCCAUCUGCCACGCGUUUGUCCAGCUCAGGUAGCAGCUCUAGGAGCACCAUCCUGCCCUAGCAGAGCCCAGGCCUUGCCCUCAAGAAGCAUCAUUGAAAUAGCAGGAGCAUGUUGAUUUCUGGGUUAUGUUACAUUAUAAUAACAAUAAGAGUCAGAACAUUAAUUCGAAACAACUUGCAGUAUGCAUUUCUUCACACCAGUACAUUCUUAAGUGUACCUGUUUAUGAGGAAUAACAAACUAAUCUGUACCUUUAUAUAUAUAUGUGUGUGUACAUAUAUACAUGUAUAAACUGUAUAGUGUACAUGGUAAUGAUUUAUUGCUAUGCCCCAGAUCCUUAAUGUAGUGCUCAUCCUCCGCAUGCCCUCAGCCACGAGCAGGUGACUGACUGUUCCUUGAUGAUUUGGCCCACCUCCUGUGUUUGGACCUCUAGGGAGGAGGGUUUUAGUCAUACUCUCCUUAUCCUCGUGCACAGAAAUGCUCAGGGUCCCCAUGUGCCUGUUGUUCAACCCUCUCUCCUCUCUCGUUCCUUUUCUGAGCAUGUGGUCCUUCCCCAAGCUGUGGGACAGCUGCCUUCCUACCAAAGUGUAAAGCAGUAUUAAGAUCAUUACUGCAUGUGCCCUAAAAACCCAAGUUUUCUAUUCCCUUGGGACAGAAAAUUGCAUGUGAGGUGGGAUAAUCGAGUUUCAGUGACCCACAUCAGUUACACAUUAAAGCCAGACCCCAUAAUUCCACAAAUGGAAAUAAAACUUAAAUUUCUUUAGCAUUGUGUAAAUAAAUUCAAAUGUGUUUAACUUUGUACUGGUAAUUUUCUGUAUAUUUGCAAUAUUUGGGUUAAAAAUAAAACAGACUGGACUUUGUUAUCUGA